GCCGGCGCGGCGGCGCGGCUGUGAGGGGAGCGCGCCUGUCCCGCGUUCCUGGCGGAUCCCGGGACGGGGCUGGCGCUGGGGUGGCGGCUGCUGGCCCUCGGCCUGCGCCCCCGACCCUCGGCCUGCGCCCCUGGCAGCCGCUCUCUGCCACCUGAACCCGGCUGGGAGAUGUGCGAGUGUGCGCGCGGCGGUGUUUCCCGCAUCCUCCGUUCGGGUUUGGAAGAUCCGCGCUGUUGCUGGCAUCCCUGACUCCGUGCCGUGUUCUGCUCUGCGACUGUGUGAUUAGGCAUCUUCGCUUAGGAGGGAAGCAGAUGGAUCCCCUGCCCAAUCCCGCGCCUCUGGCCUCGAAGCUGCGGAACACGCUGCUUCGGUACCACAGCAUCGGAGACAGCGAGUGGCGGGUGGCCAAGAAAACCAAAGAUGCAACCGUGUGGCGUAAACCAUCAGAGGAAUUCAGUGGAUACCUCUACAAAGCUCAAGGAGUGGUGGAAGAUGUUACCAACAGAAUAGUGGAUCAUAUUCGCCCUGGACCUUACAGGCUAGACUGGGACAGCCUAAUGACUUCAAUGGACAUCAUGGAAACAUUUGAAGAGAACUGCUGUGUGAUGCGCUAUACAACUGCUGGCCAGCUCUGGAACAUCAUAGCACCAAGGGAGUUUGUUGAUUUCUCUUACACUACAAACUAUGAAGAUGGUCUUCUAACAUGUGGUAUAAGCCUGGACUAUGGAGAGGUGAGACCAAAUUUUGUCCGUGGAUUCAAUCACCCUUGCGGUUGGUUCUGUGUCCCUCUCAAGGACUCUCCUGGCCACAGUCUUUUGACAGGCUACAUCCAGACUGAACUGCGAGGGAUGCUGCCACAGUCUGCAGUAGACACUGCCAUGUCUAGCACCCUGGCCAAUUUCUACUCUGACCUCAAAAAGGCGCUCAAAGUGUAGACAAACAGUGACUUAAAAGCCGGCGCAUUCCUUGCAAUCAGAUUAUGUUGUUUAGCUUAGCGUAGGUUACCAC